AUGAACGUUAAUAGCUUCUUAAAUGAUGCUGCAAACUUGCCAACCAAUGCAGUAGAAAAACUGCAAUUAAAAUUGCAGUGUAGAAAAGAAUUCAAAAUUAGCUUUGCUAAAGAAUUUAAUUUGCAACAAAAGGUUGUUGAAAACAUGGCUGAAGCUAAGAUAAAGAACAAGAGAAAACUUGAUGGGGAAAACUACAGACGCAAGGAAAUCAUUGAUUCGUACAACUCAAUGGGUCCUUUAGAAAAAGGCAGAUAUUACGAGAUGGCGAAAGAAGAUUCCACUACUCUUCACCAGGAAUCUUCUGUCCCUGAUGUCAAUCAUGAUGCAAAAUCCAUAUUAACCAUCAUGGAGACAAUGAAGCUAUCAAUGAACUACGAUAGUCUGUUUCUGUUCUGGGAGUCAGGCACCAGCUCCAGUCGAAAGAUUGGUUGCCUCUUGUCAGGAGAUACGUCUUCUAUAUUUUUUAAGUGUAUUGAGGAAGAUGGUGCUCUGAAGAGUUUCUUGGAAGCAAUGGGAAACGUCGAAAGACGCCCAAUGCAGGAAAUACAACCCAUGACCAUUGCUGUCAACGACUUCAGAAAUAAGAUGAACAAACGUUUGAUAAGUUUGUUCAAUGCAAUCAAAAACAAGAAAGGCACCAUCAGAGCCAUUGGAUGGCCAGAAAAGCGUAAGGCUUGA